AUGGAGUCCAAUUCUUCAUCAUCUUCUUCGGCUCCAUUGCAUAAAUCUAGGGUUAGGGUUCUCACAAUUUGCCAACGAGAUUCUGAAACCUUAUACUCCAAACACUGCAACGACGUCGUGCCGAAGUCGGACACAGACCCCACCAGGUGGUUUGUCACCAACCUCUCCAUCCAAGACAUUGGCUUCAGGAACGGUUACUUCACCGGCGGCGAUCAGCUUUUCAAGCAAAACCUGAAAACUACCGAGGUCGAUGACCUGAAAGCUCUCUCCUUUGUGCCCUCUGAUGUGGGUAAAACCCUCACCGAAGGCGUUUUCAAAGUCAGGGCAACCUUGCAUCUUCGAGACUACUCCAUCUUCCACAAUUCUACGCGUCGGAAUUUGCGGUUGGUUUAUUUCAAAGGUCCGAGAAGCCAUUUUCGGAAGGGCUUACUGAACUUUAGGCUUGAUGGGUACUACUCAGAAUCUUCUAAGAAGCUUUGUAUGGUUGGAAAUGGCGGGUCAGGUAAUUUGAGGCCUCUUAGUGUUGUUCUUAAGCUUAAUUAUCCGCAAAGUUCAAGUAUUUAUGACAGUUUAAUUACUGGGACUUUAGAGAGUUUGAGUGAUAAGCAUGAUGGGGAUUAUUUUGAACCCCUUUUGAUGUUGGGUUUAUAUCAGAGUUCUAGUUAUGAAUAUAAAUUAGCUGGGAAAGAUAGUGAGAAUGGUUGUUUGCGUGGUGACGAUAGAGGAGAGAAUUUAGGUGUGGGCAAAUCGAAGCGUGGUUUGUGUAUGUUGCUUGGUAAACUACAUGAAAGCUUUGAAUUGGAAUAUGGAAGUGAUUGUGGCAGUGUGAAUUGCAAUCCUCUUGGUGGGAAUGCUGGAUAUGUAUCUUCUUUUGUUUAUUAUGGAACUCGGUGUGCAAAUGGGAGGAAAAUGCAGAUGUUGUUGGGUUUUCCCAACUCUAGCUAUUAUGGCAUCAAAUUUCCGUUUGACCCUCACACAACCUUCAUUACUGAAGGGACAUGGGAUGAGAAGGAGAAUCGUCUGUGUGCUGUUGCAUGCCGGAUUUUGAAUUUUACAGAAUCUUUGACUCAUGCUUUUGUUGGAGAUUGCUCAACUAAAUUCAGCUUGAGAUUGCCAACAAAGUUGUCUUUAUGGAAUAGGUCUACUGUUGCGGGGGAAAUGUGGAGCAUCAAAGAAGUGAAUGACUCAGGUUACUUUGCUAAAAUUGGGUUUCACACUUUGUCGGGAUGGUUGAUGAAACUCUUAGAUUUCAAAUAUGAGUAUUCUGAGAAUGAUGAUAUGAGAAAAACAUGUGCAGAAAAGAAGGCUGGGAGAGGCAAAGGAAAGAUAUACCCUGAUGAGUUUUCAGUGGACAUGAAAUUUGGCAUGACAGUGAGAAACAGUAAAGGACAACAAGCAUCUGGUUAUUCAUCCCCUUUAUUUGUGGAUGAUGAGAGGGUUUAUGGACGCCGGUUUUGGGAUAAAUUGCCGCAAACAAAAUCAUCAAUGCCGCUGAACCAAAGCCAUACCCAUAGCAGUCCGAUGAACGUCAGCUAUAAGUUGUUCUUCAUAUCUGAUUUCGGUUUUCAUCAUGAUGCUUUCCCAUCUAAAGCAGAACUAUCUGCUGAAGGAAUAUAUGAUAGGGAUUAUGGUAAUCUGUGCAUGAUAGGAUGUAGGCACGUACCAGUGAAAAAUCAAACAUUGAUUAAACAGGAUAUGUUAGACUGUGCUAUUAAAAUCAUUGUACAGUUUUCUCCAUUGGAUACAAAGGAUGGCCAGAAUGUCAAGGGAACUAUUGAAAGCACAAGGCGAAAGUUAGACCCUCUUUAUUUUGAACCUAUUGAGUUUUCUUCAAAUUCUAUUUACACUAGCCAAGCUGCAGCAUCCAUUUCAAGAAUCGACUUUGAGAUCAGUAUGGUUCUGAUUUCCAACACCCUUGCAUGCGUCUUUGUGGGCUUGCAGCUAUUAUUCGUGAAGAAGCACCCAGAUGUUCUCCCAUUUGUUUCGAUUGUUAUGCUUAUUGUUCUUAGUCUGGGAUACAUGAUUCCACUUCUGGUCAACUUUGAAGCAUUGUUUGUGCCAAAUAAACACCACAGCCAGCAGGAUACUUUUCUUGGGACUGGUGGAUGGCUUCAAGUGAAUGAAGUAAUAGUCAGGGUGUUAAUGAUGGUAGCUCUCCUUUUGCAGCUACGUCUUCUCCAACUGACGUGGUCCUCAAGACAAGGUCAUGGAAACCAGAACAGCUUGAGAGAUUCUGAGAGGAAGGUUCUUUAUGCAACUUUACCAUUGUACAUAGCUGGUGCACUGAUUGUUUGGUUUGUGAACCUACGCAAAAAUGCUUACCAGAGAUCACACAGGCCAUUUCAAAGACCACACCGCAUGGCCUACCGAGUGUCUACCCUCCACCAUCUUGCUUACCAGCAGCACUCUCUCCGGGAGGAUCUCAGCUCUUAUGCCGGCCUCGUACUGGAUGGUUUUCUGCUCCCACAGAUAUUGUUCAACUUAUUCUUCAAUUCAGGAGAAAAGGCUCUGGCCUGUGCAUUUUACCUUGGAACCACCGUACUUCAUCUGCUGCCUCAUGCAUAUGAUCUUUACAGAGCUCAGACUGGUACAUGGUUCCUUGACUUAUCAUAUAUUUAUGCAAACCAAAAAAUGGAUUUUUACUCCACUGCCUGGAAUAUCAUCAUCCCCUGUGGUGGUCUGCUGUUUGCUGCCAUUAUUUUCUUGCAGCAGAGAUUUGGUGGUCGUUUCGUUCUUCCCAAAAGAUUUAGAGAGACUUCUGUAUAUGAGAAAGUCCCUGUCAUCAGCAAUGAGGAAUUAUGA